CUCUCAGAAGCUACCUGACGUCUCUUCUCCACAGACAUUUUCAACUACUCUCUCUCUCUCUCUCUCUCUCUCUCUCACCAAAACCCUAAUUCUCCAUGAAAUCUUGGUUUUUCUUACUGAACUCCAGCUCAAUCCAAAGCCCCAAAAUUUGCAAAAUUCCAAUUUCCUAAACCUAAUUUCUCCAAACCUCAAUAUUCUGAAAUCCCGAUUUCACUGACUUCCAAUCUUCGAAGGCCCUAAUUUUCUCAAAAUCGCAGGCUCCAUGGCGAUGCUGCUGAAGAAGGUCUGGGGGUCUGUGUCGAGCCGCUCGAAUUCGAAUUCGAAUUCGAAUUCAUAUAAGAACUCGUCAGAUACGCAAAUCUUUCUUGAUUCAUAUACAGGCUUGUUUGACCAGCUGCCAUUAGAUAUCUUUAUGCAAAUUCUCAAGUAUCUCGGCCCUAAGGAAGCUGCAAAGGCGAGCGCGGUCUGCAAGAUGUGGAAAAUUCUCAUUUCCGAUAAUCGGCUUUGGAUUUUCUUCUUUCAGAAUGGGAAAGAGCCAUGGGAAUCAGUUGUUUUUGCUGAAACCCAUCUGCGAUCAGGUUAUCCUCUCCGGAGUUACUAUAAUCGAGCUCCCCAGUUAUCUUUCAUGCAUAUCUAUGGCCAACGUGAGAAACUAACUGGGUCUGUUAUUAUAGAUGGUGGAUCCGGCUAUUGCAAGUUUGGUUGGAGCAAAUAUAUUGGACCAUCUUGCCGAUCAGCAACAUUUUUGGAAUUUGGUAACAUUGAGUCUCCAAUGUACUCAAGGCUUCGACAUUUUUUUGCAACAAUUUAUAGCAGGAUGCAGGUGAAACCAUCAACACAGCCAAUCGUUGUGUCCAUACCGCUUUGCUAUUCCGAUGAUACUGAAUCUGCCAAGGCAUCUAGAAGACAGCUGAAAGAGACAAUCUACUCAGUGCUGUUCGAUAUGAAUGUUCCCGCUGUUUGUGCCAUCAAUCAGGCAGUUUUAGCUUUGUAUGCUGCAAGGCGCACUUCGGGGAUUGUGGUCAAUAUUGGUUUUAAUGUCACAUCAGUUGUUCCAAUUUUACGAGGUAAAGUGAUGCAUAAAGUGGGUGUGGAAAUUAUCGGACAAGGUGCACUGAAACUCACAGGAUAUCUCAAGGAUCAAAUGCAACAAAGAAGAAUUAACUUUGAGUCAUUAUACACAGUUCGCGAGCUGAAAGAGAACCUAUGCUAUGUUGCUGCUGAUUAUGAAGCAGAGCUAUCUAAAGAUACAAGAGCAUCGUUUAAAGUUUCGAGCGAAGGUGUGUUCACCCUCUCGAAAGAGCGCUUUCAAACAGGGGAGAUCCUUUUUCAGCCUCAAAUAGGAGGGAUGCGCACGAUGGGUCUGCAUCAAGCUGUAGCACUCUGCAUGGAUCAUUGCCUCUCUGCAGACAUGACGACUGAAGAUGGAUGGUUCAAGACUGUGGUUUUGGCAGGUGGAAGUGCAUGUUUACCUGGACUGCCAGAGAGACUAGAGAAAGAGCUUCAUCGACUUCUUCCACCAUCUGUUUCUCAGGGAAUCAAAGUUAUUCCACCUCCAUAUGGAGUUGACUCUGCUUGGUUUGGAGGAAAGCUUGUCAGCAAUCUGAGCACCUUCAGUCAUGCAUGGUGCAUGACGAAGAAGAAAUUCCGCCAGAAAUCCCGACGAAACUCAUCCUUCAUCGGCUCGUGGUGAAGAUAUCCUAGCUUCUAUAGGCCGCCUGCCUAGAAGUUUGCUUGGAAGCUGUUUAACUAAAAGCCCGAAUCAAUUGUUCACUUCACUAGAGGUAUCUGUUUAGCUUGCCCUCUUAUUCUGAAGUGUAUGUGGUCAUGAAAUAUGUCUAUGUUGGAUCUAUUUGUUUCAUUGUAUCAUUUACUUCAGGAAUGUUGUUCCCAUAUUUAUGGAAACUGCAGUGGGAUACAGAUAGUAUUUAUUGGGAUGAACUUGAGAAAAAUAAAAAGGGUAAGACAAACUUGCUUGCACGGCCUACU